AUGUUCCGACCAGCAUUUAGAGCGGCAUCUGCUGCUAGAUCAAUUCCCAAAGCACAGAAAAUCGGACGACGUUUUGCGAGCACAUCAUCUGCGAAGUCUGGAAGCUGGAAGGGAACUGCUUUGCGAUGGACUGCAGCUGGAGCGAUUGUCUACUACUACAAUACAGCAUCAGUGUUCGCAGAAGAACCCGCAUCCGAACAGCGGCGAGCACAGGCUAGAGCAAACCUUCAUGCCUCACAGCUCCAGGAAAAGACAGAAUCGCCGCAGACAGUGGCUGUGUCAGAUGGAGAACCGGCUGCACAAGAAGGCGCCGGCGCAUUAGAAGAGGAAGCCGACCAACAGGGCGCAUUCAACGAGGAGACUGGGGAGAUCAACUGGGACUGCCCGUGCUUAGGAGGAAUGGCACAUGGCCCUUGCGGGGAGCAGUUCAGAGCAGCAUUCAGUUGCUUUGUGUACUCCAAGGAGGAACCUAAGGGCGUGGACUGCAUCGAGCACUUCAAGACGAUGCAAAACUGCUUCCGAGAUCACCCAGACAUCUACGGAGCGGAACUAGACGACGAGGAAGUAGCAGAAGUCCAGGCUGAAGAGGAUCGAGCGCAGGUGGCCCUCGCUCAGAGGAAGGAGUCGACGGAAAGCAGCCCUGAAUCAGCAAUCAAAGGACAUGAUGUGCCCGCACAAACUGUUAAGCAGACAUCAGAGCCAGUCAGCGAUACGGAGGAACUAGUGCCAAAGGCAUGGCAUGAUGGGCGGAGCAGCACGGACAAGUGA